AUGCCAGGCCAGUUUGUCAGCGUGCCGUUUCUGUCGCAGGUCGAAGACAUGGAUAAGUACUUGGCGGAAUACCGGAGUUUAAAAUUGAUGCCACAGAAUGCAGCCGGUCUUCAGCAGCAACAGCAACAGCAGCAACAGCAGUCACGGUUUUCGAGCCAAAACAGGAACACUGCAAUCACAGGCAAUCAAGGGGUCAACCUGGCUUUUAACGGAUCGAAUUCACGCAAAAAACCAAUGGGUGCUACCAACACCGGUGGUCAAAACUACCGUUUCGGCAAAAAUGGGUUUAAGCUGGGCGCUCACCAGCAGCAGCUACAUUUGCAGUUGCAACAACAGCAACAGCAACAGCAGCAGCAACAGCAGCAGCAGCAGCAACAGCAGCAGCAGCUCCAACAGCCUUUGCAAGGUACAGGUCUCAAACAAACGUUCCCACAAAUGUUUUACCGCUCCGCCAACAAUAGUGCUUCAUCGCUCGCACAGCAGGCUUUGUCGCCUCAACUUUACGCUCCCAACAACGUCAACCAACAACCAUUGAUGACUGCAAGCUCUUCUUCAAGCUCUACUCCACCACCCAGACUGCAUGUUUCAGUGAGCGGAACUUCUUCAAUUUCAUCUUUAGGUGGAGAUUACGACUUUUUGUUGCCUACUGAACUGAACGGCCCAUUGGCGCCUUCUGGUAACACGCAAAUUGCGUCGUCGAGUUUGAAUGGCGCAACGAGUGGUCCUGUAACCAGUGUUACCAACGUUACCAAUGCUAACACCUCUCAGGCACAAGCAUCAAGACCUACGAUAAACAUGAUGCCAGUCGCGCCUUUGGCCGGGAGUUUCUUGGAUUCUGUUCCUAGUGCUCUUCCAACGGGUUACAAGAAAGAGUGUGACCUAUCCGGUUCUAAUGACUUUAUAAACGGUUUACCGUCGUCUUUACUUUCCGACGGGACUCAUGCACCAGAGUUUACUGGUUUGAACAACCAAGAAUCCGUUUUCAGCGCCAAUAAUGGUGCAGACUCUUCUCGCAACUUCAUGAUGCCUGACUCGAAGAAUUGGGGCACGGGCAAUACUACCUCUUCUUCCGCUUCGGGCUCAUUUGGAAUUUGGAAUAAUGACAUGAGUGUUUGGAGCUAA